AAAGGCUUGGCGCCAAGAUGGAGGAUAAGGGAGCAGUUUCAUAACUCCCGUGUAGGAGGAGCUUGGUUUUCUGGAAGCUCUGUAGAGCUGAGCGUCCGGGCCAAACGGGCGAUAGUGGGAAGAAAUAAAAGGUAAACCAGAGGCUGCAAAGUCUUGUCAAGCCGAGGUAAAAGACGAGGAGUGCGACGCGCGUGGUUUUGUACGCCAAGGACUUGAACCAGGUCGUCCGUUACACUACAAGAGGACUCUGUGUAUAUGCGCGCGCACACCCCCGAAAACACUGAAGAGUAAACCCGCAGCUGUUUGGGAUGUGAAGAUAACCGUAACCCACCUGGUUCAGCGCUGUAACCCGAACCUGAUGCACAACACUGCCUUACCGGCUCGUUUCGCCCUCUGUCAGCACAACACUGAAAACGGUGACCAUGUCUGCGUCGUUACGGGGAUUGUCACGCUGGUGAAGUAGUUUACUAUGUUGUUUGACAACCCUGUGAGGUUUGCUUUUUGAAACGGGGGGGGGGCACGAUACCGGGAAAGGCGGGGCAGAGCCCUGGAAUACGCAGCUCUUCCCUGUGCCGGUUCACUCGCAGCGGGGGAUUUUUAUUUUUUGGGGGGAAGCGGGUACAGGGGUCGACGAAGGAGGCAACAACUGGGAUUUGGAAACCUUUCUUUGCAACUCUUUCCCGACUUACCCUGCUGCUGGCGACACGAGCGGCGUUUUGUCAGUUAUUCCUGACACUGUCGUCUGCCCGUAGCACUCCUUUUAGGAACAUAAAUUGAGGUUUGGGACGCAUUUCUUUUGGUGGGGGGGUGGGGGGUGGAUAAUUUUUCCCCAACCGGGGUCGGACUAUGGCGGACGACGACAUUCUCUUUGAAGAUGUGUACGAGCUCUGCGAGGUCAUCGGCAAGUAAGUGUUGCUCUGUUGCUUUUUUUUGUUGUUGUCAUUUUGCAGUUUUUCUCGUUGGCUUUCCGAUUGCCCCCCUCUGAUGUUCCUGAAGAUCUGGCACACGCGCUCCUGCACGCGCAGCCUGAAGCGUCCCCGUGCGCGCCCACAACAAGCGUGGCAAUAUUUGUGUAGGAACUAAUGGCCAGUCCUUGGUCAUCAGAAGUGAACGUAAACAGACCCUAAUCCUACUUUUGCGCCCUAUGUAGCACUAUAUCGUUCUACAGAGGCGCAAGCCUCCCCCGAAACAACUUAUCACGGGAGAUGUAAUUGUCUCUUUAUGAUGGCACGAGCUCAUAACACCAAGUUUUAUCGCCCUUAUUCCCAGAUGAAGCUAAAGAGCCGUUGUGCCUGCGUGGGUUGUGUGUUGCAGUUGCCCAUACACGCACUACUUGGCUACGCGGCUGUGCUUUGACUUGGUGGCACUUGUCAACUUGCUGCAGAGAUUAAAGGGCAGGGCACACACCGUCCAUGAGUCAUGCUGUCCGCACAUUUGGCGAGCGUUAGUGACCGAAGGUCUAAUCCAGACUACUUGGGAGUAACAUUCCCUGCACGGGGGUCCCUUCAGUGUGGUGAGGAGAUGCAUCAACAGAGAGACGGGGCAGCAGUUUGCUGUCAAAAUCGUGGAUGUGGCCCAGUUCACCUCCAGCCCUGGUCUCAGCACAGAGGAUCUGAAGAGGGAGGCCAGUAUCUGCCACAUGCUGAAGCACCCCCACAUUGUGGAGCUGCUGGAGACCUACAGCUCAGAUGGGAUGCUCUACAUGGUGUUUGAGUUUAUGGAUGGAGCGGACCUGUGUUUUGAGAUCGUGAAGAGGGCAGACGCUGGCUUUGUCUACAGUGAAGCCGUGGCCAGUCACUACAUGAGACAGAUCCUCGAGGCGCUACGCUACUGCCACGACAACAAUGUCAUCCACCGAGAUGUCAAGCCUCACUGCGUGUUGCUGGCAUCUAAAGAGAACUCGGCUCCAGUGAAGCUGGGCGGGUUCGGAGUGGCGAUCCAGCUCGGAGAGUCAGGACUGGUGGCAGGAGGUCGCGUAGGAACUCCCCAUUUUAUGGCCCCAGAGGUGGUGAAGAGAGAGCCGUAUGGUAAACCCGUGGACGUGUGGGGCUGUGGCGUUAUCCUCUUCAUCCUCCUCUCGGGGUGUCUCCCUUUUUAUGGCACCAAGGAGCGUCUGUUUGAAGCCAUCUGCAAGGGCAAAUACAAGAUGAAUCCCCGCCAGUGGAAUCACAUCUCAGAGAGCGCUAAGGACUUGGUGAGGCGUAUGCUGAUGCUGGAUCCCGCCGAGAGAAUCACAGUCUACGAGGCUCUUAACCACCCCUGGCUCAAGGAGAGGGAUCGGUACGCCUACAAAAUCCACCUGCCGGAAACCGUGGAGCAGCUGAGAAAGUUCAACGCCAGGAGGAAGCUCAAGGGGGCCGUGCUGGCUGCAGUGUCCAGUCACAAGUUCAACUCCUUCUACGGAGAUCCACCCGAGGAACUCCAAGACUUCUCCGAUGAUCCCACAUCCUCAGGACUGCUAGCAGCAGAACGUGCUGUGUCUCAGGUGUUGGACAGUUUAGAGGAGAUCCACGCUUUGACGGACUGCAGUGAAAAAGAUUUAGAUUUCCUCCACAGUGUUUUCCAGGACCAGCAUCUACACACACUGCUCGAUCUCUACGAUAAGAUCAACACCAAGUCAUCCCCACAGAUCCGAAACCCCCCCAGUGAUGCCGUGCAGAGAGCCAAAGAGAUUUCCUCCCAAGAUGGAGCCUGUGGCGCUUUGAAACUUCUGGAAGAUGUACUGGAAGAGAUCUCUUGCUACCCAGAGAAGCACGAAGCUAAGGAACUCAGACGGAUAGUAACCCAGCCACAUUUCAUGGCAUUGCUGCAGGCCCAUGACGUAGUGGCCCACGAGGUUUACAGUGACGAGGCUCUGCGGGUGACACCUCCACCCACCUCACCCUUCCUGAACGGAGACUCCCCCGAGAGUGCCAACGGAGACAUGGACCUGGAGAACGUCACCAGAGUCCGUCUGGUCCAGUUUCAGAAGAACACAGAUGAGCCAAUGGGUAUCACAUUGAAGAUGAACGAAUCAAACCACUGCAUCGUCGCAAGGAUAAUGCACGGGGGGAUGAUCCACAGACAGGGAACAUUGCAUGUUGGAGAUGAGAUCAGGGAAAUCAACGGCAUCAGUGUGGCCAACCAGACUGUAGAGCAGCUGCAGAAGAUGCUGCGAGAGAUGCGCGGCAGCAUCACUUUCAAAAUAGUACCAAGCUACCGGACGCAGGGCUCAUCCUGUGAGAAUGAGUCCCCCACCACCUCCAGGCAGUCCCCUGCCAAUGGCCACUCCAGCAUUAACAGUUCUAUCUUGGACCUGCCAUCUACCAUCCAGCCCAAGGGUCGACAGAUUGUAUCCAGACCUCCAAUCAAGGACAAAAUGUCAGUGAAGAUCUACGUGAGGGCCCAGUUUGAAUAUGACCCCUCCAAGGAUGAGCUCAUCCCCUGCAAGGAGGCCGGCAUUCGCUUCCGUGUGGGCGACAUCAUCCAGAUCAUAUCCAAGGAUGAUCACAAUUGGUGGCAGGGCAAGCUGGAGAACACUAAAAAUGGCACAGCCGGCCUCAUCCCGUCACCAGAACUACAGGAGUGGCGGGUGGCGUGUAUAGCCAUGGAGAAGACGAAGCAGGAGCAGCAGGCCAGCUGUACCUGGUUUGGCAAGAAGAAGAAGCAGUACAAAGACAAGUAUUUGGCAAAGCACAACGCAGUGUUUGACCAACUAGACCUUGUCACAUAUGAGGAGGUUGUGAAGCUUCCUGCCUUCAAGAGGAAAACGCUAGUUUUGUUAGGCGCUCAUGGAGUGGGCAGGAGACAUAUUAAGAACACACUUAUAACCAAACUCCCUGACAGAUUCGCCUACCCCAUCCCACACACAACCAGACCUCCAAAGAAGGAUGAGGAGAACGGCAAGAACUACUAUUUCGUUUCCCAUGACCAGAUGAUGCAGGACAUCAGCAACAAUGAGUACUUGGAGUAUGGCAGCCACGAGGAUGCCAUGUACGGGACGCGCCUGGAAACCAUUCGCAAGAUCCACCAGCAGGGGCUCAUCGCCAUACUGGACGUUGAACCUCAGGCCUUAAAGGUCCUGCGGACGGCCGAGUUUGCCCCGUACGUCGUGUUCAUCGCUGCACCAACCAUCACACCAGGCAUUAAUGAGAUGCCCAGGUGGUGUCGAACACUGCCAGACGAGUCACUCCAGCGGCUGCAGAAAGAGUCGGAGAUCCUGCAGAAGACCUACGCACACUAUUUCGACCAGACCAUCAUCAACAACGAGAUUGAUGAGACCAUCAGGCACCUGGAGGAGGCCAUUGACCUGGUGUGCACCACCAGUCAGUGGGUCCCUGUGUCCUGGGUGUACUGACCCGUAACAUCUCAUCCGCCUUCGCGCUCUCUCCCCCUCUUCCACUUCCCGCCAGCAACACCUUGGCCGUCUUGCCCUCUUCAUAACUACAACACCGACACAGAAGACUCUAAUAACAGAAGCCGACAGGGCAGCCCUCUCUACACUGCACUCGAUCGGAACCGACUCAGCGUACUGUGAAAGCGUAACAGCAUUCAAGCGUCGGACUCUUGCCCUCGCAGAUGACCUAGUCUCAUAGUGUUGUAUAAAAACCGAGUAAAAGUGAAUAUUGUCAUGUCUGUACUAGCUAGGAGGCAACAUUUUUGUAGAUGUUUGUUUUAAAGAGACAGUACUGCGUCCCGUCCUCUCAUGUUGGUGCACCUGCAGUAACCCUCCCAUCACGGCUGUUGGAGGACACUGUCUGCAGAUGCAGUAAAAGCACACACACUGCAAUGUCUUUCAUCUGUAGAUGUUUUUUGUUUUGUUUUUCCCCUCUCCAGCUGUUAGUGCAGUCACACGCACCUUUGGACUACCGGGUACUGUCUCUUCUAAAUAAAUCCAUAAAUGGUUUUAGAGAUUUGAAUGAGGUUAUCAUGCAUGUGGACAUUUGCAAGCUUCCAUGCUGUCAGUCAGUGUUCCCCGUGUCCCUCUGUAAACCCUCCGAGAAUUAAAAGAAGACAAAAUAUAUAUAUUACCAGAAAGAAAUUAAAAAAAAAGAAAACAUUCCAGCUCUUUGGAAAAGUGAACUCAACCAAAAGGAAAACAAAUGUUAAAAAUAAACCAAGAGUGACUGAGCCAGAUGUUGACUUGACACCUAUGCACAUCCCUUGCAUUUCAGGUGAUGUUUCUAAAUUUCUAGAAUUAUCGACCAUGUAAGUGAGAUGUGUUUGUAUUUAAAAAAAAAAAAGAAAAAAAAAAAAGGAAGAAAUCUAAUAAAAGUUUUGAUUUUUUUUUUUCUCUUUUUGAUUUAUCGUACACCUAGUUCAGCAUUUGCCAUUUCCAAUCUGUGAUGUCCAAGAGUGUGUUUCAAUCCAGUUUAAAGAGCAGCGAUAGAUGAGAUCUGUCUUGAAACUGUAACCGUGUGCAAAGCAAGUGCACGCUUUACUUUGUGCAGAGCUGACGGCUUCAGAGGAUGAGGAGGCCGUGCGUGCCGCUGAAUAACCACAUACAGUAUAUGAAUAUGACUGCCCCUCGGGUGUAAAUGACUCCACAAUGAUGCAGGUUCUUCGGUAUGAACAGUUUUUUUUUUUUUGUUUUUUUUUAAAAUAUAUUUCCUUUUAUGUGUUGGAAAAUUAAA